AUGAAACACAUUCCAAGUAAUGUUAAAGAUAAAUAUGAAAUACUUGGUGUUAUUGGUGAAGGUUCAUAUGGUGUAGUACUCAAAGCUCGAAAAAAAGACACAAAUACAACAGUUGCUAUUAAACAUUUUAAACAAUCUCCAGGAUAUUGUACUGAUAUGGAUAUAAUUGAACGUGAAUUAAAAAUUCUACAAUCACUUCGAUUUGUAAAUGUUGUUGAAUUAAUUGAAUGGUUUCGUGAUAAAAAGCAAUGUUUUCUUGUAUUCGAAUAUGUUGAAUGGAAUAUGUUACAAGUUUUACAAGAACAUCCAGAUGGUUUAGCAUUAGAACAAGUACGUCAAUUAUCAUAUCAAUUAUUUAGUGCUAUACAUUGGUGUCAUACACAUGAAAUAAUUCAUCGUGAUAUAAAACCAGAAAAUUUACUUAUAUCAAAAAAUUUUGUAUUAAAAUUAUGUGAUUUUGGUUUUGCAAGAUUUUGUAAUACACAAACAUCAGCAGAUUAUUAUACUGAUUAUGUUGCAACACGAUGGUAUCGAUCACCAGAAUUACUUAUCGGAUCACCAUAUGGAAAACCGGUUGAUAUUUGGGCAUGUGGAUGUAUUAUGGCGGAACUUACUACUGGCCAAGCACUAUUCGCCGGUGAAAGUGAUAUUGAUCAAUUGUAUCGUAUUCAAAAAUGCUUAGGACCAUUACCACCUAAAUAUAAUGAAGCAAUGAGAACAAAUCCAAAAUUUGAAGGACUAAAAUUUCCUCCUAUUCAUCAUUUGGAAAAUUUAGAUCGACGCUAUGGUCAUAUAUUUCCACUUGAUAUAAUGCAUUUAUUUAAAGGAACUUUACGUUUAUAUGCUGCAGAUCGUUUAACAGCUGAAGCAUGUAUUCAACAUGAAGCAUUUAUUUAUUUAAAUCAAAAACAACAACAACAACCUCAACAAAAACGUUUACAACGACAACAAAAUCGACCAAAAACUGUUUUCGCUUCGAUAAGUACUUCUCAAGGACAACAUGAUCAUAAUAAUGAAAUAGUGCACUUUGCUAUACCACUUGCUGAUAGCCGUUUAAGUAGAUGGUAUGAUGAAAAUGGUGAAAUGCAAAUUCGUCGUCGAUCUCCAUCAUUACCUGUUCAUAAUGGUAUUGAUAAUUCAACAGAUAUAUCAUUUGCUGCAUCAUCUUCUCUUAUUCAACAUCAACAAAGAUAUCGUAGUAAUACACAAAUGACUGAUCGAUCAUCGAAUUCUCAUCAUCAACGUUAUCCAUCAAAAUUUGCUCGAGCACAAUCAAGAAAUCAAUCAUCAUCAAGUGAUGAACGAAUUCAAAUAGCUGCUGUUAGUCCAAUAAGUUCUAAUAAUACAAGUGAUGACGAUGAUGAUCCAAAUAGUAUUCUUUCACAUCAUAGUCGUCUAAGAAGAAAAUAUAUUAAAAAUCGUCAACCAACUCCACCACCUCCACCUCCACCACCAUCAUUAAGUCGACAACAAUCAUUACGUGAACAACAACAACAACAAUCCAUACCACCACCAACAUCUCCAACAUUAAGAUGUGCAUCAAAUGGAGUUUUAUUAAGACCUAAACAUAAUAAUAAUAAUAAUCAACAAAAUUCAACGAAUGUUUUUCAAAAAUCAUCAAAAGACAUGGGUAAAAAACUUAAAAGAUUUACAUUAGAUACAGUUGAAAAUCGUUGGCAUCAUCCAUAUCAAACGUUUUCAAAUAAUCAACAAAUAUCUGAAUCUAACAUCUAUCGUUCAUCAAUGGCUAUUGUACCUAGUCUUAAUUCUAAUGUAUAUGGCGUUCAAAUAAAUAAUAAUAAUAAUAAUAAUAAUAACAAUAAUAAUUCAUCAUUAUCAGUGAAACAACCUCAAUCACAACAAAAAGAUGAAUUAAAUAAUGAAUUUCAACAACAACCAAGACCUAAGACACGAGAUAUAGUUCGUAGUCGAACAAUUGAUUGUCAUCCGCCAUCUGUAGAAACAACACCUAUUCUUCAACGAGUACCUUCAAGACAGAAUAUUGUUACGGUUAAAUUAAUUGAAUAA